UGUUUACGCGUCUUUUUGGCAUUUUUUUCUAUACAUUUCGCAUCUCCAUUCUCAUUUUGGCAAUAUAUCAUUUUCGACUUGAGAAAAAAGAGCUCCGAGAAGAUGGAUGCUGUUGUACUGGACAAUGGUGCAUACAGCGCGAAGGUUGGGUUGUCAAGUCAAGAGGAUCCGACUGUUGUGCCCAAUUGUAUUAUGAAGGCAAAGGCAGAACGACGACGUGCAUUCAUUGGCAGCCAAAUAGACGAAUGUCGCGACGCAUCCGGGCUGUUUUUUAUACUCUGCUUUCAAAAGGGAUACCUACUCAAUUGGGAUAUACAAAAGACUGUCUGGGAUCAUAUCUUCAGUAACGAAGGUACCGGCAUUACGCUGGAAGAUCGGCCCAUUGUUAUAACCGAACCGCAAUUAAAUUUCGCUAGCAUUCAAGAGGCGAUGAUGGAAAUACUUUUCGAGGAGUAUCAUUGUUUCGGCGUGCAUAAGUGCACUACAGCAGAAUUGGCGGCAUAUAAUUACUCCGCAGAAAGUGAGGAAAGCCCACUGCAGGCUUUAAACUGCGUUGUCAUAGAUGUUGGCUACAGCUUCACACACGUGGUACCAUUCGUGCGAGGCAGGCGUGUGGAGAGGGGUAUACGCCGAAUUGAGGUGGGCGGAAAAGUACUGACAAAUCAUUUAAAGGAGCUUAUUUCGUACCGACACUUAAAUAUGAUGGACGAGUCUUAUGUUGUGAAUCAAAUAAAAGAAGACGUGUGCUUUGUGUCGCAAGACUUCAAAGAUGACAUGCGGGUGCAUAGUUCUGCCGAGAAACGCGCAGAAGUGGUAGUCGAGUAUGUGUUGCCAGAUUUUACAACAGUUAAACGUGGUUUCAUUCGCAACAAAGAAAAUGUGGAGAAUGAAAAUGAAAAUGAGGAGGAUGAAGAAGGCGAUCAGCAAACGGUACGUCUUUGCAACGAACGCUUCACGGUACCUGAACUGCUGUUCAAUCCCAGCGAUGUGGGCAUUCACCAAAUAGGCAUACCAGAAACUGUAAUCGAUUGUCUCAAGGAUUGUCCGGUGUACGCGCACAGCGAAUUGCUUCGUAAUAUCCUCAUCAUUGGAGGAAGCUCACUUUUUCCAGGCUUUAUACCGCGCUUGAAAGCGGAAAUUCGGGCACUGGCGCCAGAUGAUCUUGAAGUGUCUUUGAUUUUCCCCGAAGAUCCCAUCUCAUAUGGUUGGUAUGGUGGAAAGGAGCUGGCUUGCAGUGAUGGCUUCAAAGAUAUGUUGCUUACCAGAGAGGAGUAUGAUGAGAGUGGUUAUUCAGCAUGCAAUGGAAAAUAAUAAAAAAAUGCAAGCAAAU